UCAGGUGUUCUUAGGCUGCUUAUCUUACAGGAAAUUUGAUCUAACUAUGAACUGCAUUUCUUUUUUCGUUUUCCUUUUCUGGUGCGUGAAAGACUAACAGAAACAGCAUUAAAGGUGAUCUGGUUUGAUCUGAUUUGCCGGUUGGCUCAGUGUCUCUUCAUGCAUGCAUCUACAUGUCAAUGUAAAAUCUACCAUCUUUAGCCAGCGGCCUGUUUGGAAAGCUUUGGGUUGGCUUUGCUGAAUGAUUUGCCUAGAGUGCAUCAAAGAAUGAGUGAAUAAUGGCUGCAGCUGAGGCGAGGGUUGCUUGGCAGAGAACAGCUAAUCGUUGCUUUGUUCAAGAAGAUGCUAAAAGAGCUCCAAAAUUAGCUAGCUGUCCCUCAACAUCUUCAACAUCCAAACAGGUUGAUGCAGGAUCUGCAGAUACAACUGAUGGCCAUGGCAAUCCAAAUUUAGGAUUCAUGCCUCAUAAGUGGAACCAUUGUUAUUCCAAUCAACCCCCUGAAUCAAGAUGGUGGCUGCAACUGCAACAUAAUUAUGGAUAUCAAAAGACUUCCACACAUGAACAGUCAAAUAUCUUGGAGGCAGAGAUGGAAGGUUCUAGAGCUGAUGUUUCAAAACCAAUCUAUGAAGCUGAAGAAAUUAUUGCAAAAGAUGGACCUGACAGAAACAUGAAUGAUGAGCCCUCCUUUGGUACUUACUAUGGGACCUCUGCAGUUUGUAUGAAGAAAGAUUCUGCAGUUGAAAAACAGGAUCUCAAGAAUUUAUGUAGUAGGAGUGCCCAAGAACUUCUUAAAUCUAUUAACAUGGAAGAAUCUUACGAGUUAUUGGAGCUGGAUCCUCUUGGUUGCUCAGUUUCCAAGCAAGCAAAUGAGUUUAGUUUCGAUUCUGAUUCCCCUUGGAUUGGGAGUGGAAAAACAGUGCCAUGGUGGCGUGUGGCAGAUAGAGAUGAAUUAGCUUCCUUAGUUGCACAGAGAUCAGUUAACCUUAUUGAGAACUGUGAUCUUCCGCAGCCUCAAAAGACACAUGUCAAGACAGACCCAUAUUCAAAUCUUGGACACUUUGAUAGGAAUGGGAUUUUCCCCCCAUCUAAAGAUUUGAAGGCACAAGCAAGUGUUCUAUCCAGUCCAACUGUUAAUAGGCAAGGUUGUUCCACCUUGGGAAGUGCAUACAGAAAGCAGUGGGCCUCUUCUGAGGAGCAAAUAAAGGACGAUCCAACUUGCAAAGGUGUGGCUGAAACACAUUUAGAUGCCACUCCCAGCAAGGCUGAGCUACUAGAAGCACUCCGCCAUUCUCAAACGCGUGCAAGGGAAGCCGAGAUGGCAGCAAAGCAAGCCCAUGCAGAAAAGGAGCACAUUCUCAAGCUCUUUUUUAGGCAAGCCUCUCACCUAUUUGCCUACAAGCAAUGGUUCCAACUCUUGCAGCUUGAAAAUCUCUACAUUCAGCUGAAAAACAAUAACCAGCCAAUAUCGACACUUUUUCCUGCGGUGCUACCAUGGACAAUUCACAAAACUAAGAAACUGCAGAAGAGCUGGCACAAGACAGCUAAAAGUAAACGAGGCAAGCGACGCAACAUUAGUAAGUUUACUGUUGCUUUUGCAUUAGGCUUCGGUCUUGUUGGGGCUGGGUUGCUCCUGGGAUGGACUGUUGGAUGGAUGUUGCCCAUCUUUUAAGGUGUGUAGUACUAGUGCUGUCGUGACCCAGAUCUAUAUUUCCUGUUGUUUGAGAAGAUUGGUUGUCACUAAAAUUUGUGUAUAUAUGCUCUAUUAUUUCAUUAGCCUUGUACGUGACACUUAGAUUCGUUAAGCUUUGUACAAGAAUUUGGAUAGGUCUGUAUUUCCUGUAAACAUGCUGUGUAAUUGAUGCGAUUAAACCAAAUGCUUCAUCUCUGUAACCGCAAAUUUUACUCAA